CUCACUCCAUCCAGGUACCAAACCAAGCUAGCCAAGAAGCCCAUCCUGACUGCCAGCGUCACCAGCGCGGUACUUUUCGGCAGCGGCGAUGUCCUCGCCCAGCAAGCCAUCGACCGGCGCGGUCUGGAGAAGCACGACUUUGGCCGCACGGGGCGCAUGGCUCUCUACGGCGGAGCUAUCUUCGGUCCCGCGGCCACAGCCUGGUACGGCAUUCUCCAGCGUCACGUCGUGCUGAAGAGCACCACCUCUACAACCAUUGCUCGGGUCGCUGCGGACCAGAUCCUAUUUGCGCCCGUGAAUCUCACCUGCUUCCUCUCCUCGAUGGCCAUCAUGGAGGGCAGCGAUCCUGUCGAGAAAUGGCGCAAUGCCUUCAUCCCCAGCUACAAGGCCAAUCUGAUAGUCUGGCCAUUUGUACAGGGGGCCAACUUUGCCUUUGUGCCCUUGGAGCUGCGGGUGUUGGUGGUGAAUGUGUGCGCUCUCUCUAUCGGCUGA